GCGAAAUACUCUUGAACUAGCUUUGACACUCUUUUGCUUUAGAAGUUAAUAAACUGAACAGCGAUGGCGUCUAGUCGGUAAUUUUUUUCCCAUUGUCUGGAAAAACCCCACUUGUUACAUUGUACAUAAACAGAAUGGAGAAUAGUUCAGUCAGCAAACAGCUGGAAGGGAGUGACAUAACCUCAUAUUAUGAAGAAAUGCAGGAAGAAAAACAAGAGAUUAUGCUGUCUGAGAAUUCAAGUUCAGUAAAUGUUCCUCUUGAUGGAGACAGAGCCUUUAAGGCUAUCUCAGACUGCAUGACAGGAGGUUCUGAGGUAGAAGUGCUGGAGAACAAGCCUGCUUCUUUAAUGAGCACUGGAUUAAGUCAGCUAGGGAAUUACUCCUCAGGAAGUGACUCUGAGGAUGCAGAAGACCCCAAGCCGCUACCCGAUGAGGCUAAUGAAUCCAAGCCGCUACCCGAUGAGGCUAAUGAAUCCAAAAUGGGGGAGAAACCUAGUCAGAAUGAUUCACCAUGGGAGACAACUGCCCACAGUUCUGUUCCUGUUGAAGAAACAGACCCAAUGGGAAAUCAGGCAACAAAAGGUUUUAAAGAAACACAGAAUAUUGCUGAAGAAUCAAGGGAAUGUGCAGAGCAUAUGGAAGAACUUGGUAAGGAAGGCAAAGAGCUUGACAAAGAACUGGAAAAUAUACAAAGUGAACCGGACAAUGAUAUUGAGUCCUCAGCAGGCACAAAUGUAGACAACAAUUUAGAAACAGAGUACUUAGAGAGUGUUACCUACUCAGAAAACAGUGAAAAAAAUUUUUCAGACCACAACAUUGUAACAGAAGACACUGGUAUGUCUGAAAUACCCGGAACUGCAGCAGAAAGAAGUCAGAGAUCUGAGUCACUUGGAUUUGAAGUGAAAGACUCUGUAGAUAUUUCUGUAGUUAUAAGAAAGCCAUCCAAGGUGGAAGUGAUUGAUGAAGAAUCUAACUCAAGCUUUAUUAGAGUGGAUAGUAAAAUGAAAGACUCGCCAUUAGAAUGUGAUGUUCCACCCUCUCCUUAUGGAGUGUCAGAAAUUUCCGAGACUCCUGGGCCCCCCAGCCCAACGUCCAUUAUAAGUACUGGUGACAGUGUUUCUUUACAAGCAUUUGACAAUUAUGGACCCCCCACACCAUCAUCUGUGGCAGAGAGUUCUUCAAUGGGACCAACUCCCUCCAAGCGCUCCAGAGUGGCUGUGUACACUCCCAGUCAAGAACAUAUUACAGCCAAUAAGUUGUUUGAAUAUCAGUGGCCCACUGACAGCUCUGGGGAGUACUACAUGUUACAAGAGCAGGUAUGCGAGUACCUUGGAGUCAAGUCUUUCAAACGCAAAUACCCAGAUUUGUUCCGAAGACAAGUAGACAUUAAGGAGAGAGUUUUUCUGAUGGAGAAGGGCGUGGUUACUGAGAGUCAGGCUGAUCUUGGGUUGACAGCACUUAAAAGUGAUGAAGUGUGUGACCUGAUGCACAAAGAUUAUCCAGUCAUGUACCAGGAAUAUGCAGAGGUUUUACAUGAACGUCAAAAACAGAAAAUCAGCGAAAAGCACAAGGAAUAUGAAGUGCCCAAGUUGGAAAAGAGCAAGAUGAACAUGUACUUUAAGAAAGCCAUGAAGUCUGCAGCAGAGUGGAAUUCAAACUUUCAAAAGGAACGUAGAGAAGAGAGAAAGGCCUACCUUGAUCUUCAAACUUUUAAUAUCCACUAUCCCAAGGGCCGCUUCAAGGUGUUACCCAGAGAAAUGACUGUGCCCAACACAUACCCAGUCUCACUAAUACCCGGACAGUACCAGAAUUACUUCAAAAGGUACUCAUCUGAUGAGAUUAAGUAUUUCCCUAUGAACACAGCCAUGUUUAAUCCCCCCAAACGAAUGGGGACAACGCUGGCAAAUCCCAAGGAGCAGGCGGAGCCCGAGACGGCCUCAGAGGAAGAUGAUAAUGGGUCAGGGUCAGAUUCUGAUUCUGAUGACAGCAGUAGUGGAUCUGAGGGUACCAGUGGAGGAGAGGAGGGAGAGAAAAAAACAGGUGAAACAAAGUUCCAGUGUUUAUUUUCUUCUCAGGAAGCAGCCCCUGUUGAUCCCAGUAUCUGUGCUAUCUGCAGCCGUGGACAAAAUGAAGAGGUCAAAGGUGAAUCUGAUCUGGUUAUCUGCUCAGAGUGCAGCAAGGGAGGACACCCGGGCUGUCUGGACCUGACUAGUGAGAUGGUGGUCGUCAUUAAGACCUACCCCUGGCAGUGUAUGGAUUGUAAAACCUGCAUAGAGUGCAUGGAUCCUUAUGAUGAGGACAAGAUGAUGUUUUGUGACCUCUGUGAUCGUGGGUACCACACCUUCUGUGUAGGAUUGAAGUCCAUCCCGACAGGUCAUUGGAAGUGUAAGAGUUGUAAGGGACCAGAGACCCCCAAACCAUCCAAGAGCAGCAAGACACCGAAAUCCUCCUCUAAAACAAGCACUGGAAGAAAAAGAGGGAGGCCUCCCCUAAAGAACAAAGACAAGAAAAAGUCCAAGAAGAAGAUAGAACCAAAGGAGGAAGCGGAGGCACCCGAGGAUGACACUGCUGACACAAAGGAGGAGGAGGAGGAAUGUGAAGAGAAGGAGGAAGAGGAAAAGAUUGAAGCAGAAAUGAAAGGAGAGGAAGAGGUGGCUGAGGAAAUGGAGACUGAGGAAUCUCAGGAGUAAGGGAGGGGGGCUGGAGUAGUAGUGCGGGCUGAGAAAUACGCAGUUAUGUGGAGAAUGGAGUCCCUGUUGUAUGGAUUGAAUAGUGGAAAGUGGAGUUGCUUUGGCAUGAACAGAAUAUGAAUUGAAUGCAAGACUUGGCAUAGCCAAACCUGAUUUUUAACAUACAAGAAUAUUCAGUGAUCAAAGCAAUUGUGGUAGAUAUGUAUUUAUGUUAUCAAAUGGAGUGACAAAUAAUGAAUGUUUUCUGUGUUACAGUCAAUGUGCAUCAAAUAAAAAUGGCUUAAAUUACA